AUGCUCAUCAUAGGAUAACGAGCGGGAGCCUCAAGUGAAGCCCGGACAGAGGGAGAUGUGGUGAAGAGGGCGACAGUGGUUCAGUCACUGGGUCUUUCUUUGUGAACGAGUGGCCAGUUCAAAUGUGGCAUGUUGUCCGGUGGAGAUCACCGUCGAAUCCCCUCCACCGACCACCUCUCCGCUGCAUGCGGGUGUGCAGGGUGUGUGUGUGUGGGGCGAACCGCGGCGCUCCUCGGCCCGUCACUAGCUCCUCCAACCUCGGGGACAUGAACUAAUUAGACUGAACACUCCGGCGCUCGCCUCGACACACGGCGUGCGAGCGGCGGUCCUCGGAGCACGGCCCGUCGGUUCCUGCCGCUGUGAUCUCCACCGUCGCCCUUCCGCAUUUUCCUGCCGCUCUCGGGCUGUGACGUGUCGCGCUGACGGCGGCCUCGGAGCUGGAGGAGCGGGGGGCUGUAGCACGACGAGAUCUGGCUCCAGACGUCCCUGCUUCGCUUGCACCAGAGCUCCAGAAGCCACCCGUGACCCCUCCUUCUCCGCGCCCGUGCGGCCCGCCCAAAUAACACAAAAUCCCCGACUGAAUCCUGCCCGAGUCUGGGGGAACCAGGCGGCCUGGGGAAGCCGAGACGCGGACCGAGGCAUCCCUGCAGCACACACCUGCUGUCCAGUAACAAAUGCAGUGCGAGGACAAUGGAUGAGGAUGUCACCAGACUUGCAAUACAUUCUGAAGAGCCAAAAAUAAUACUACACGGAUCGGAUGAGGGUGGCGCCGGUGGGCAGGAGUUUGUUGUGGAGCUUCAAGAGACUGUGUUGGUGUCAGAAGGUGACGGGGAAGGCAUGGCGGUUCACAGAUUUGCCCCAGAAGAGCUAGUCAUCCAGGAUGCUGUUGAGGAUGUGGUUUCGGAGUAUGUACACUGCGACGAGGAUGAGGACGUUGCUGUAGAAACCUGCGUGAUGGCUCUGGAGGGCGAGGAGGAAGGUGUUGCCAUGGGAGACAUCCCUGAAGAUGGGCUGGACUCAGAGCAGCAGGAGGAUGACCAAGAUGGCUGUGGAGAUUAUCUAAUGAUAUCCUUGGACGAAGCUGGUAAAAUGGUGUCCGAGGAUGGAACAGAAGUAACAGUGGAGGGGGCGGUGGAGGACCAGGAAGUAGAGAAGGAUGAGGACGGGCAGGAGGUGAUCAAGGUGUACAUCUUCAAGGCUGAUUCUGGGGAGGAUGACAUGGGAGAAUCGGUUGACGUCAGCGACGGAGACACAGAGGGUGUGUCGCUAACGGAGUCAUCAGGCCAAGUGCUCAGAGAGAAGAUGGUUUACAUGUCUGUCGGAGAUUCUCAUCACAAUCAAGGAAACCAUGGUGGGUCCAAGGUGACUGAUGAGGUAUAUAUGGAGGUGGUGGUAGGAGGUGAAGAGCCAGUAACUCACGACCGCUCGUAUGACAGCGUGUCUCUAAGCAAGGACUUCAUGCCUUUGGCCUGGGCAGCUGCUUAUGGUGCAGAUGACAGUGAGAGUUGUGAAAACCGCAACGGUGCAGCCAGCGCACUCCUGCACAUUGAUGAAUCGGACGGGGUCGAUGAAAUCAAUAGACAACGCAACAAGAGCAGGAGACGGUCGGAGCCACGCCAAGUCCAGACAGCCAUCAUCAUCGGUCCAUACGGUCAGCCUCUGACAGUCUACCCCUGCAUGCUUUGUGGUAAGAAGUUCAAGUCACGAGGCUUCCUGAAGCGCCACACUAAGAAUCACCACCAGGAUGUUCUGACCAGGAAAAAGUACCAAUGUACAGACUGUGAGUUCACCACUAACAAGAAAGCCAGCCUCCACAACCACAUGGAGGUGCACGCUCUGAGCAGCAAGGCUCCAUUUGAGUGUGAAAUGUGUGGGAAGGAGUUCCACCAGCAGGCGGCACUGUUCUCCCACAGACUGCAGCACCACCAUCGAGAGCCCAAGAGCCAGCCUCCUCCAACGCCCACCAAGAUGCAUAAAUGCAAGUUCUGUGACUAUGAAACUGCUGAGCAAGGACUACUCAAUCGGCACUUGUUGGCUGUUCACAGCAAAAGUUUCCCCCACAUCUGUGUGGAAUGUGGAAAAGGCUUUCGACACCCUUCGGAGUUGAAGAAACACAUGCGCACGCACACAGGCGAGAAGCCUUACUCCUGCCUGUACUGUGACUACAAGUCGGCUGAUUCCUCUAAUCUCAAGACCCACAUCAAGACGAAGCAUAGCAAAGAGAUGCCGUACAAAUGUGAGCGCUGCUUCCAGACCUUUGCAGAGGAGGAGGAAUUAAUGCAGCACUCACUAACACACGAGGAGAAUAAGACCCACCAUUGUGCCCACUGUGAUCACAAAAGCUCCAACUCCAGUGACCUGAAACGCCAUAUCAUAUCUGUUCACACCAAGGACUAUCCACACAAAUGCGCCGUCUGUGGGAAAGGCUUCCACCGGCCAUCGGAACUGAAGAAGCACUCGGUAGCCCACCGCACCAAGAAACUCCACCAGUGCCGGCACUGCAACUUUAAAAUUGCAGACCCUUUUGUUCUCAGUCGGCAUAUCUUGUCUGUCCACACGAAGGAGCAACAGGCCUCUCCUGAAAAGAGUGAGAGUAAGAGGACAGAGACGCACACUCCUGUUGUGUCGCCUAAAAAGUCUGCACCUAGCGCGUCCAGUGGCGCUGGCACUCCUGCUAGAGUCAGUGCAGCCAGCUUAGCCAGCAGCGUGACUGUCGUGAUUGGCAAAGGACAGAAGGAAAGGAGAAUCUACCAGUGCCAGUACUGUGACUACAGCACCGGCGACGCUUCGGGUUUCAAGAGACAUGUGAUUUCCAUUCACACAAAAGACUAUCCACACCGCUGCGAGAUCUGUUCAAAAGGUUUCCGACGACCGUCGGAGAAGAACCAGCAUAUCAUGCGCCACCACAAGGACAUGGCGCAGGCAGAGUGACUCUGACCGAGCCAAAUACUGUGCCACAACACAGGACAAUGUCGAACCAACCAUCACAUCCCCAAUCACUGCACCAUCAGCACAACACCUUUCACAUUGAAAUAAUGUGGUGUGUUUGUGUGUCUGUGCUGCACUUAGUCCGUUCUGUUGUUUUGCUCCGUUUUGAUCCUCAGCCUAAUGUUUGUUCAGAAAUGUAAACACAUGUACAUAACAUUGAUGCUCUGUCAGAGGGAGCAGCAGCACCCCUCUGUAGACUUGCACUUUUAACUGCAUGUCCCUUGCUGGUGACAGUAUGCAUGGCAGAUUGUGCAAAAGUCUCUUUUGUAGAUACACAUUUUGAUUUUUGCCGGCAGCAAUCAGUUCUCAGUCACAAUGGUCCUAAUUAUUUGUCGCAAAACUAAACGUGUAGUUUGCAAAACGUUUGCGUCAUUUUGUCAAAAUGUACUAAACGCCGCAGUAAGGAUUAGCAACCUGUUCCCAGUAGCACUUGCCAGCUUGGUAAAGAUCAUUUAUGCAGUAAUCACAUCAUGUAUGGUAAUUAUGAGUGUGUGUGCGAGAGAGACACAAGUGGAGCAUGAGUGACAAAAAGAAGCAUCUGUUGUUGUUGGUGCUCAGACCCCCACCAUUCUGUAACAUACUGCUUUUUGUUGUGUUAACAAAAACACAUGGCCGUCGCAUACAGCACCCAGUGAAAAGAAACAACAAUUGUUGUUUUCGUCAACAGCGGUGUGCGAGCUAAUUGAAUUUGACACAAAAUACAGAGAAGUAUUGAUUGAGUCAUGAUAACUUCGCUCAUGCACCCUUUAUUGUACUGGAUUAUCACAUACUUGUGGAAUAUUUCAGUUUCAAGUCAGUGGAUGUCCUGUGCCCGAAGCAGCAGAGAUGAAGCGCUGACUGAUAAUACCUGGACAGUGAAAUGCCAUUAAUUUGAAAAACAAAACACAAGGCAAAUUUAUGUGCUGAGUUUCUUUUAUCUAUGAAUUGACAUGAUAUCUGUAAAAUCACAGAAAAAAGCUUAAUCUAUAAGCAUCAGUGUGAUACCAAUAUUAGGCUGUGUUCAAAAGUUCACAUCAGUUUCCUCAGAUAACUGUCUGGCCUAAAUGGGAAUCGUAUAGUAGAUCUGGUGCUUGUGUUAUGAAACUACGAAUUGAACUUUCUCUUUCGCCUACACAGAUGUACUUUUGCCAGUAGAAAGGGAAAACGUAUGUCUUUUUAGGUCCAACUUCAGAAGACAGGUGCUGGUGGUCGACUCGUACUAUGGCUUUUUACAUUUUUUUUGUUAUCACCUGUGAUCAUUUCUGUUUUUAUAUUUAUUUCAUUUACAAGUUGUUGUAUAGUUAAGUGUAACUAGACUUCUAUGGGACGUAAAUUAUUGUUUUGUAUACAAAUCUGUACAAAACGUGUAGAUGUAAACACUUGAUAAAAACGAAAUCUGAACUGUGUUGUUAUGGAUGUACUUCAGCGUAUUUGUUAAAAAAAAGGUAAUAAAAGCAAAGUAUUUUA